UUAGCUAAAUGUCUCUAAAUGCUUUAACCUAUAAAUAUUUUGAUUUUUAAACUUUCUGUUUUUAUAUAAUGUUAUAAAAAUUGUCCAAGUUGCAGAAGAUAUUCUUAAUUAAUUAACUUAGUAACGUACAAAAUGACAAUUGUUAGUGUUUUAAGGCUAAGUGUAAUCAAGAAGAAUAUCAUAACCUCCAACGUAAUACAUAAGCUUCAGAAAUGCAUGUGCUCUCAAGCAAAUGUGGAUCAUAAACCCCUAGAAAAAAUUCGAAAUAUUGGAAUAUCUGCACAUAUUGAUUCUGGUAAAACUACCCUUACAGAACGUAUCCUCUUUUACACUGGUCGAAUCGAGGAAAUGCAUGAAGUGAAAGGUAAAGAUAAUGUGGGGGCUGUUAUGGAUUCUAUGGAACUUGAAAGACAACGAGGUAUAACAAUUCAAUCGGCUGCAACAUAUACCAUUUGGAAAGAACACAAUAUAAAUAUAAUAGACACUCCGGGGCAUGUUGACUUUACUGUUGAGGUAGAGAGAGCGUUAAGGGUGUUAGAUGGAGCCGUUUUAGUUCUCUGUGCAGUCGGAGGAGUUCAAAGUCAAACACUGACUGUAAAUCGUCAAAUGAAGCGUUAUAAUGUUCCCUGUUUGGCAUUUAUAAAUAAGUUAGACAGAUUAGGUGCAAACCCAAAACGUGUGGUAUCACAAUUGAGGUCAAAAAUGAAUCAUAAUGCAGCAUUUUUACAACUUCCCAUUGGAUUAGAGAGAGAAAACAAAGGAGUAGUAGAUUUAAUUUCACAAAAAGCGAUUUACUUUCAGGGAGACUUUGGUGAAAGUUUAUUUUAUGAUGAAAUACCAAAUCAUAUGCGAACAGAGUGUGCAGAUUAUAGACAUGAAUUAAUAGAAAAUCUAUCAAAUGUGGAUGAUACUUUGGCUGAUUUAUUUUUAGAGGAAAAAUCAAUUUCUGAAGGUGAUAUUAAAAAUGCUAUAAGACGUACAUGUAUUAAACGUACUUUCACACCAGUACUAGUAGGAACAGCGUUAAAAAAUAGGGGUGUUCAACCCUUAUUGGAUGCAGUUUUAGAUUAUUUACCAAAUCCAGGGGAAGUUGAAAAUUUUGCACUUAAAGAAAAAGAAGGACAAGAACCACAAAAAGUUAUUCUAAACCCAGCACGUGAUGAUUCUUACCCUUUUGUCGCACUCGCUUUUAAAUUAGAAGCUGGUCGAUUUGGUCAGUUAACAUAUAUGCGUUGUUAUCAGGGAGUACUUAAGAAAGGUGACAAUUUGUAUAACGUAAGGACAAUGCGAAAAGUUAGAAUAGCACGACUAGUUCGGAUGCAUUCUAAUAAUAUGGAAGAUGUAAAUGAAGUUUUUUCUGGCGACAUUUUCGCCCUGUUUGGCGUUGAUUGUGCCAGCGGUGACACAUUUGUUACCGAUAAAAAUUUACAGCUCGCAAUGGAAUCCAUAUUUGUUCCUGAACCUGUUGUUUCAAUGUCUAUUGUCCCAGCAAAUAAUAAAGAUCGAGAUAAUUUCUCAAAAGCUGUAGCCCGAUUUACCAAGGAAGAUCCUACUUUUCAUUUCUACUAUGAUUCUGACAAUAAAGAAACAAUUGUAUCUGGAAUGGGGGAGCUACACCUGGAAAUUUAUGCACAGAGAAUGGAACGGGAAUACAAUUGUCCCGUUAUUCUUGGAAAACCAAAAGUUUCCUUCCGAGAAACUUUAAUACAGCCCUGUCCGUUUGAUUAUCUUCAUAAAAAACAAUCAGGCGGUCAAGGGCAAUAUGCAAGAGUUACAGGAAUUUUGGAACCAUUACCUCCAAAUAAGAAUACAUCUUUAGAAUUUGUUGAUGAAACUGUAGGAACAAAUGUACCUAAACAAUUUAUACCAGGUAUUAAAAAGGGCUUCCUUGCCAUGGCCGAAAAAGGACUUCUAACGGGUCAUAAACUAACCGGGCUGAAGUUUAGACUACAAGAUGGUAUGCAUCAUAUUGUAGAUUCAAGUGAAUUAGCCUUCUUUUUAGCAACUCAAGGAGCAAUUAGAGAAGUUUUUGAAGAUGGAAUUUGGCAAGUAUUGGAACCAGUAAUGUCGGUGGAAGUAACAGUUCCAGAUGAAUUCCAAGGGGCAGUUAUGGUGCAACUUAAUAAAAGACACGGUAUUAUUACUGGUACUGAAGGAACCGAAGGUUGGUUUACAGUACAUGCUGAAGUACCACUUAACGAUAUGUUUGGUUAUGCUGGAGAACUAAGAUCAAGUACCCAAGGAAAAGGAGAAUUUAGUAUGGAAUACAGCAGGUAUUCUCCAUGUUUGCCAGAGACCCAAGAGAAACUGAUAACUGAGUACCAGAGAUCAAUGGGAAUUUUACCAAAUAAAGAGAAAAAGAAAAAUUAAUAUUGUAAUAUUAUUAGGCGAAUUAAAUUAAAUGCAGUUUUUUACUGCUUACAUAAAUGUAUGCAUUAAGCGACAUAAUGUAGAUGUAAAUAUUUGUACUAAGUGAUUCUUUUGAAUAAAAUACUAUUCAAGUACU